AUGCGAAAGCUAAGCCACAGCACGAGCGCAGGCAUGUCACGACAAUCGAAGAGUGUACCGCAGGCCAAGAAGGUGAUGCCGCCUGCCGUACCGGACAUGUACGGUAAGGUUGGGAUGAGUAACGGCAACGGGGGCACCGGUACGGGUGUCCUGGGCCUUUCAACGGCAGUGAUUUACGACACUGGGGACGGUGCGGGGCGUAAUGGGGGCGGUGCAGUGGUCGCAGGGACGAUUAUCCUCGAGCAUCAUCAUCACCUUGGAGCGGACACUGGCAGUGGAGUUGGAGGUCCUGGCCAGGGUGCAGUAGUUGGAGGUACAGGCUCGACGGGAGCUGUUGGUCCUUCGGUGAGUACGGUUGGGGCGGUGGCGGGAUCAACGGCGGCGGCUCCUUCCACUCUGAUGCUUCGUUGUGGUCCUGAUGGAGUCGUCGACUACGGGCUGGAUGAUCAAGGCAUCGACUUGACACAAUCACCUGGGCGGGAUAGCCCAGUGUCACUUUCCGGAUCUGCCGGAUCCGGAUCACGACAUUCGACCGCCAGUCUGGAUUCAGGACGUGCCUCGUCGUACCUGACAGGAGCCUCGAACUCCUCCAAUCGAAGUGUUAGCGGUGUUGGCAGCUACGGUGGGCUGUCUUCGCCUCGUUGCUCGGUGAGCUCCUGUUCGAUUGGCUCCGGAAGUGGCGGUGGAACGGCUAAUGGAGGAGGAGUUGGUGCAGGUGGAUGUAGCCAUCGGUUGAGUAAUCAUUCGUCAGGAGGAGGCCGCAAUGAUCACGAUGUUAUCUCGGAGUGGUUGAUGGAGAUCCACUUCCACGAGUACACUUACCUGUUUCUGGAGGCCGGGUACGACCUGCCAACAAUCGCACGGAUGACUCCCGAAGAUCUGACGGCGAUUGGCAUCCGGAAACCGAAUCACCGGGAACGGCUCAAGCGGCACAUUGAUGCACUCAAGCUGCCGGAUUCCUUGCCGGGUUACGUACCUGGUUCGAUCGACGAAUGGCUUCGGUUGUUACGUCUGGACGAGUACGUCCAACCGUUGCUGGCUCAAGGAUACCAAACGGUACAUGACGUUACGCAGUUGACCUGGGAGGACCUGGAAGACAUCGGGAUAGUGAAGUUAGGCCACCAAAAGAAGAUAUUGCUGGCCAUCAAGCGCGUCAAGGACAUCAUCAGCGGGAAGAUGAUGAUUGCCAGUGGUGGCGGAAGUUGCGUCAUGCCAGGUUAUACCCUUUCACCGACGAUUGCUCGGUCGCCGGCAGGACUCGUACGUGCGCAUUACGACGACAUGAGCAUUGGGUUGCGAUCGGACUCCUCCAAGCCACACCUGGCCGUGGCAGGAUCGUACAGCACGUUCCUGCGCCAGCAAUCGGCGCCUCCACCACCAGCUCUAACAACAGGAACCGGUGACUAUGGCCACGGACAUGCCGGAUCACUACACCACCAUCAGAUGAUAACCUAUCCACAUGUGCAUUUUGACGGUACACAGGCCGUGUAUCGUCGCAGCUCGUACGACGACAGUGACAUUACGCCGACGAACGAAAAGACCACGGCGCUGUUGGCGCUUUCCGAGCACCAUUUUGCGGCACAACAGGGUGCCGCUGGUGCUCAGCAACAGCAGCAGCAAGCUUGGCUGAUGCACUCGCAGCAACAGCAGCAAAUGCUACAGCAGCACCAACAACUUGUGCAGCAUCAGCAACAGCAGUACUAUCAAGGUGGUGGUACGCUUCCGAGACAACACCAACGUCACAACUACGGUGCUCGAUUGGCCCUGCUUGGUGGACCACCUGUUACGGCCUCUACCACUGCUCGACAGCGGCCAAUCGCUAAAAUCGUAGCCAACAACCUAAAGCUACCAGGAGGUGGUGUUCCAGGUGGCGUAUCUCCGGCCAUUGACGAAGGUGCCGGAGGUGUUGGGGACGGUUGCGAAGGAGCAGGAGUACCGACGGGUUAUCCAAUGACGUUGCCAAUCCCUCUGCCUCCAAUGCUGGGUCAAAUCGAAAACGUCGAAAUGGCCACCGCCGCCCUGGAAGCGAUGCACUUCUCCAAGUACACCAGCUCGCCUUACGUCGUCUCCGUCCAGCACCAUCACCUGCAUCACCAUGCUAAGGAGCUGGGGUCCGGACCUUCCGGAGUGGCCCCAUCUGUGGUGGGUCAGCAACAGCAACAACAGCAGCAGCCCAUCUACCACAACCAUCAGUCGAUGUUGUUGCAGUCGCAAUCGCAACAACAGCUGCCACAUCAUCACUCGACUUCAGCACAAUCGACACCGUCACCGCCGACGCUUGUGCCUGUAUGUCCAGGAGGAGUCACAGGUCCUGGAGGACAACCGCAUCUACACGCCAUGGCUCCUUUUGGUUACGCCGGUCAGACACUCCAAACGACGGCUGAAGUACACAAGGUGUGUGGCCAUGAUAACAAAUCGAAUUCGAGUCUGGAAUCGAUCGACCAGAUCCCGUUCGCCAACGAGAACGCCGGAACUAUCAAGCAACGAUCCUCGCUGAACAGAAUCGAACAUCAGUUCCAGCCACCGGCACCGUCCCAACAGACACAACAGCAACAUCAUCCACUGUUGCUGCCAACACUGUCCUCGUCAUCUUCGACGUCAUCAUCGUCCUCGUCACUAACGGGGUCCAUUACGACCACACUUGCAUCAGGAUGCAUUCAGCAGCAGUUGUCUCCGUCGGCCAGUGCACCGACAACAUCCGGUGGUAGUGGUGUGCCGGUGUUGGCAUCUCCAUCAGCAUCAGCAGGUGCCGGUGUUGGUGUCCCUAGUGGACUUCCGGUGACGGGAAUCGAUGAGCCAACUGGAGCUGGAGCUGGAGAACCCUCUCAGGACAUUUACGGCACCAACGUGCUGAACGACAUCGGUAGUAUGCUGGCCAAUCUGACCGACGAGCUGGACGCGAUGCUCGAGGAGGAAAAGUGCGCUGGCAUCAGUGAUAACGAGUAG